CACCGAAGUCCAACAAUCCAUUCAGUUAGCUAUUGUAACCUAUAGAGCAUAAAUCCAUCCCCAUGAAGCUUCCUCCAACUUCUUUCAACCUGUGAACCGUCUGCCACCUUCUGCAAGCCCAUCACCGAAAUCUUGACCUUUUCUGCUUCCCCUCUCCUACCUUUUUUGCCUACCCCUUUCCGCCACCAUCACCACCACCACCACCAUCAUGGACAACUUCGGCCUCGAGAACGCCGUCUUCUGGUGGACGGACCCGGAGCCCCCUUACGCCUACGACGUGCCUGGCGAGCACGACCCGACGGAAUUCCCGCUCUUCGAUCUCCCUCCCUUGGACGCAGCGGAGGAGGAGCUGUUCCCCGGCAUGGGCGAGCCUGCCCCUGAGCCUAGCCCCUCGACCAGCCUCGAUAACGGCGAAGGCGACGAAGACGGCGACGAAGACGGCGAGGACAGCGGCGAGCGCGGCGUCGGCGGGCCCAUCGUCAUCUCCUCCGACGAUGGCGACGAAAUGUCCAACGACAACAACGACGACGACGACAGCUACAGCGAACUCGGCGCUCCCACCACCACCACAUCCGUCACAGACAUCUCGUCCGCCAACGCCAACAACACAGCUCUUUCCGCCUCCGCACCCGUCACCACCGCCGCCGCCGCUGCCAUGUCCGCCCCGCCGCGGCCCUCGCUCAUCCAAGAGAAGGCCGACGCGGCCCAAGACAACAAGACCGGGCGCCGCAACCCCGACUGGAACGCGUACGAGCGCGAGAGCUGCGCCGCCGCAAUGCGCCAAAGCCUGCGCGACACGCCGGUGCUCCAGACCGUCGAGCGCUGGGACGACGUGCGCGCCAUUCUUGCCAGCCAGUUCAACAUCAAUCGCCGCACUGCUUCCGGCGUCAAGAACUAUUGGAACCGCAAUGGACGCGUCGAGUCGGGCGUCGAUGAGCGGAAGAGACCAAGGGCCCAGGCUAUGCGCACGACGCUUUGUGGCGAGGACAAGAAGGAGGAGCAGAAGGCCCAGAGAGCCGCCGCCGCCGCCGCCGCUGCUGCUGCUGCUGUUGCUUCCAGCAAGGAUCCCGGCUCCAAGCACAGCGUCCGCCGUGCGCGCCGCGCGGGCGACGACGACGACUUCGGCUUUGUUGGCGAGUCACUGGCUCUGAAAUCUUCUGCUGCUGUCCAGGCGCUUAAGGCUGCCGCUGCCUACCCGGUUCCUGGUGAUGGAAAGCCCCUUUACAGGAAGGACUGCCAUCAUUACAACAGGUUCCUUCCGACGACUGGCGGCAAAGAGCACCCCGGCGCUGCGAAGACGCAUCUUUCCAUGGCUGGCGGCAAGAGGCUUCUCUCAAUCGGCCGCAAGAGCAUUCCUUCGACUGGUGAAGAGGAUCUCCCUGGACUCGGGGGCAAAGGCCUCAAGUUGCGCAAGCGCGGCGCCAGCUACGACGACGACGGCGACGACGAUGAAGACACCAACUCUGGCAACUCCCACGUCUCAAAGAAGGCCAAGCUGGACACAGAGGCAUACCAGGCUCGUGCCGAGACUUCUGGUGAACAUUCUGAAGGAUACGCGGAGGUUCAUGAAUAUGGAGAUGAAGAGGAGCAGGGGGAUGAAGAUUACGAGACGAUUGAGGGUUACGAAGACGACAAAGAAAACUACGAACAAGACGACCAGCCCGAAGAAGAAGAAGAAGAGCAGCAGUUGGAGGAAGAAGAGAGUACCAACCCCGAGCAGGGCAAGGCUGAGAAGCAGGUUCAGGAGGAAAAAGACCAUGCGCUCGCCCUUGAGUUGAACAGCGAGUGCAGCUACAAUAUGCGUAGCUCUCGUCGCUCCUACGGAUGAGAUUUGGGAUUGGUCUUUUGUUUUUUAGCGAUACAAUGUUCAAGCUUGUCUUUCUUUACCGAUACGGUACUUGAGCUUGCCUUGGGGUGCAGUGGCAGCAAAUGAACUUCUAGGUAGAUAUGAUACUCAAGCUGGUCUUGAGAGCUUGUGGCAGCUUGAAUUAAUCAAUAAAUACAUGUUGUUUUCGAGAUGGCUUG